AUUCUUCUGGGUUAUGAAUGGGCCUUUCAUUAGUACAAGUAAUUCGUGAAAGUGAAUAUUUAAUUAUUCAAGUAACACAAAGCUUUCACAUAAAUGAGUUCGUUUUGGUUGUUUGUGGUCGAAAACUGCAGCACUGAUUCUUUAGCAAUGAAAAAAUACACGAAAAAAAUCAAUACAAUUAUUUUGUUGUUGAUUCCUUUGUCCAACUGCGAGAAUAAUUGCUUGAAUUUUAAACGUGGUUAAUUGUCCAAGUAAGUGUAUGAUACAGAAUAUUUCAUCAUCUACAUAUCAUCGUGUAAGAUUUUAAAAUUCGUGAGCCAAACACAAUAUAAUUCAGAGUAUGAUCUCUAUCUUGACUUUGAAAGAGCCAGAAUUGCAAUAAGUGUUAAUCUUGCUGACACGAUGAAAAUAUCUCCAACCAUAUUCUUGAUCAUCUCAUCAGGAUUGGAGCACAUUUUGGUACUAUGUUUCAACAUACAAAUCGACACAGAUGAUUUCAAAAGCCACGUGCUGAGUAACGAGAUGUUCAUAGAUAAAACCUUGUUCAUCCGGUAUUUCAUAGAAAUGUCGAAGAAUUACCCUUUCGUAAAAGUCAUCGUCAGACCAGAAGGCUGGACCAAAAGUUGCAAUUUAAACAUGAUUGAAAAAUUCUUCGAAAUAGAAGUAGACGACAAAGGUGACCCAUUACCAAAAGAAAGGACCAUAAACCAUAAACUAUUUCUAGGAGGUAAUAUCACAAGUUCCAACAAAUCCAUCGAACUAAAACCUCUGGAGAUAUCGGAGUUUUCAAACUAUACUCGAGAUCAUUUAGGAAAAUACCCGGUGAUUUUACUCAAAUUGAAAAACGCCACCGGCAACAACUACAACGAAAUCAAAAAUAACAUAAAAUCAUGCAUCAGGCAAGCUUACCAGCGUCACGAAUACUUGAUAAAUUCAUCCCGGAUAACGAAAAGGGAAAAAUUACAAAAUUAUUUCACAGGGAACAUAAGUUCGAAUGAUUUAAUCGGCAGUUUGCCUUUUUUAUGCGAAAAACUCCAUCAACAUUUCAAUCAGAAAGUGCACAUUUUGAUCGACGACUACGAUAUACCAAUAAUCAGCGCUUACCUCUCGUUAGGAGAUAAAUCCAGAGGAGAAUUCGAUAAAGUACACGAGUUACUUUGGAAUAUUUACGACGACGCGUUCAAAGGAAAUAUUUAUCGAGCAACAGGAUUACUCGUCGGUGUACUCGUAAUAGAUCUGAAUACAUAUCCGGAUAAUUUUUACUCGUUUAUGACAUCAGAAUCAUCACCCGAAUUGCGAGAUUAUUUCGGAUUCACUGAUAUAGAAGUAGAUCCACUCCUAGGAGUAAUAGGCAUGCCAAUGAACGAAGAUCAGCGUGAAAUGAGAACCUGGUACUACGGGUACAAUGGUCCUCUAAGAGUCUACUACAAUAUGCGAUCAAUGAUGCUCAGCGCAUCUAAUAACGGGACCUUGAAAGGAUACCAUGGAGCAGACGACGUCAGGACAGCACUUAUUGAACGAGCAAUUCUAUCAGAUAUAAAUAACACGCUGCAGUUACUCAUACACGAUCAGAAUUACGGUAGAUUGAUUAUGAAAGAUUUCUACCACAGAGAUGAUUUCACUUUCAAUGACACUAAGCCAAUCUGCUGGUAUCCAUUGGACGUUGACAGAAUACUGCAACAGAGCGGAUACUUGACUUCGAAUUACCACCUGCCGCCUGCAUUAGUCAUACCUAAUAAAGACAUGAAAAACGUAUUCCAAAUGAAAACUUUACAAUGGGUAGCUGGUCGAUUUGAUAUCGAUACAAGUGAAUUCCAUUCGUUGUUCAGUCUGCUGGAUCGAAAUCACAUGCAUGAAUUGAAAGACCGGUUUCUCAAUUUUGUUUUCAAUGCUGCUAAUUUUUUCCUAACUGUUAGAAAAAUCGCUAAACAGUUAUACGAAAGCUCGAUGGGUAAGCUGAAAUAUGUUUUAUCGUCGUGUCCAGAUAAUGAAGUAGUCGAGGAAAUAAAAACCUUGGCAAUUCGUGUACAGAAAGUUUCAGAGAAAGUGCUCGAGUUCUCAGACAAAUUCAAAUUUGAUAACAUAAAAUAUACACCUAAACUUCAAAAAUCGUUUUUUACCGCAAGUAUUCCACUCUAAAAAAUAAUGACCACGUUACGUAAUCUUAUUACUUAUUAUUAUUAGGCGAUGCUGUGAAUGGUGUUUUUUAUUAUCAAAUACGUUUUUUUUUAAUGUUGAAAAUUGUGUAAAAAAGAGUAACAAGCAGUGAAAGCUUUCAAUUAAUUGAUAAAAUUAAGUCCAAACACUAACCAGGGUGGAAACUGUUUUAAAUACUUAUAGGAUUUUUCUUGACGUUUACUGGAUUUUCAAACCAAUUUUUAAAUUUUCCAGACCCUCUAAAUAUAAACAGUACUCAAAUUGAGAGGGGGAGGGCGUUGGUUCAGUUUCGUAGAGAGAAUACUUCAAAUUUAUUCAAGUCUGAAGUCACUAUUUUUUGGAUCCAAAUGUUUCCAUUUUCAUAAAAAAUGAAUGUAAAAUUACAAAAUGUUGAUUGAGAGAUAAAAAAAUUUAAAACUUAAAACUUAAAAACCCAGGUAGCCUAUUUCUUUGUAUUGAUUGUAACUGAAACAAAAAACAAAAAACAAAACUGGCAAUUUUGGCAAAAAGCAUCGCUUUGACAAUUUUUUCACUAACAAUACAACUUUUUGACGAUUUUGAUAAAAACCAAGAUUUCCUUCGCCAAUUUCGGGGAGAACAUAUUUUUUUAGCAAUUAUGGUAAAACAUAGGACUUAUUUUUUUUCUAGGAAUUUACGCCAAAAAAUAUAUUAUUUUGUUGUAUUUUUGUCAAAAAAUAGGGCUUUUAUUUUGGCAGUUCAAAAAAACAUAGCUUCAUAUACAAGCAAAAAAAAAAAACAAACAGGAAUUUCUCAGCAAUUUUGACAAAAAUAAAGAAUUUUUGCCAAUUUUCACAAAAAAUGAUUUUUUGGCAAUUUUGGAAAGAAACAGGACGUCUUUGGCAAUAAGAGUAACAAUCGUCAUUUUUUGGAUGUUUUGGCAAAGAAGCAGGAGAAAAGUAGGAAAAACAGGAAAAUCUAUUACACGAAAAAUGAAGUGUAUAUCAAUUCCAAAACCUGUACAGAGAACGAUUCACGUCUCAUUAACUAGGUUCCUUUGGUGAACUUGAUUACUCUGUGAAAAAGUAUAGGUAUAAUUUCCCAGGGUAAAGAUUGAAAUAAUCUUACACAAUGGAAAAGGUUAAAUGGUAUUAAUUAUUCGCUAUAAUGCAAUAUACACUAUACACUUGUUGAUACGAUUAAACGAAGGCAAUAAAGGUAUCCCUGGCACGAGCAGACAAUCGUGUUUAGGUAUACGCUUUACCUGCGUACGGGAUUAGAUUCUCGUUUUUAGUACAUUACAUAGAUACCUUCAGGAAUUAUGCAAAGGGUCACCCACAAAUUUUCGAUCUCUUUUAAUUCGAAGAAAUAAACUUCUAUGUAGGUACGUGUAUUGAGAUACACCGCAGAAACGCAAAAAGUAUAAAUAUACCACUUUUCGAACCCCUUGUGGUUUAACACAGCGAGAAGUUUUAUUAGGUUCGUCAAAAAGCGAUAAAGCUGUAUAUUUGUCGCGGAGAUUUAUUACUUUACUUCUAUGUUUCAUUCUUUCGAAAAAAAUAGUAUAUAAGUAUAAUAAGUAUAAGUGUAUGCAUACCACAUAAAUUUUUUUUGCAAAGUUUUUCGAUGGUUGGUUAUAAUGGAGGAGAGGUAAAACUAUAGAGAAUUUCCGUUUCAUUUACAGAAUGAUAUCGAAGUACUUACUCAAAAAGUCACUGUAAAUUGGAAUAGUUUUAAUGUAGUAAAUGAAAAAAAGCACUAUGGAGAAUAUUCGUUGGAAACAUAAUGAAACAUACUUUUUCUGAUUUUUUUUUCAACUAAAAAUUAUAUCGUAAGUUUGGAAAUUUUUCUCGGUUUUCAUUUUUUUGGAUUUAAAAAAGUGUACCGAUAAAGAAUUUUUUCUUAGGUAGAUAGGUAUAAGUGAGUAUACUUUAUUGUUAUUAUUUAAACGUUCCAAGUUUCUGAAAUUUCAACAUUUUUUCAAA